AUGGCAUCUUCGACAAAGAAGCCAGAUGGACGAGUCUGGAAGGCAUGCUUUUCCUGCCGGCGGAAGAAGAUCAAAUGCGACGGGGAACAGCCAUGCUUCAUGUGCGAGUCUCGCAACCACCUUUGCGAGUACCCCGAAACCAACGAUCAUGCGGCGAAUAGUCGACGUUAUGCAACAUCACUGGAGGAACGGUGUCAGCACAUGGAUAACCUGUGCAUCCGCUUGGAGGGCCUAGCCCAAACACUUUCCCAGUACAUCAAUCACGCGCAGGCAGUCAACCAUCCGUGCAAUGCUCCCGACCACAUCGAGCAAUGUCCAACGUUCGGAUAUUCGUCGGUCGCUACGGCUAUUUCUACGGAUCACGUCUUAGGAAUGACAAGAUAUAAGGCAGGAGUCGAGCCACCAGUCGCCUCUCCUGUAACCUCGCAUCCUACCAGCCCUCCCCCUUCAUACCGAGCUAGUGCAGAUCUAGUGGGCCAUAUGGUGGCCGACUCAUACGGCCGCCUCAGGUAUGUUGGUGGAGUAGCCAACAACAUGGUAAUCGAGGCAGUUCAAAGUCUGUGUCCAGCAAGUAAUCAAACAUCCUGUGAACAGAACAACUCUAUCAGAAGGUCAGAGGUGGAACUGCCAUUCUUCACGCGCGAUAAGACGUGGCCCGAUCUGCCGUAUCUUCCGCAGGCGAGAGAGAUGACCCGGCCUCCCCGAUACAUCUCAGACUUACUGAUCGACAUCUACUUUGAGAGGCUGCAUUACACCUUUCCUAUCCUAUACCAACCAGAUUUCAUGAUUCAGUAUCAGAAACUGAAAGAUACGAAGGAUUUGACGGGCCUUGACAGAGGCUUUCUUGCCGUCUACUUUGCAAUCUGUGCUUGUGCUUCUGGCUUACUCCCUCAAGCCCCUGGUGCAUCUACCCUGGCGGGUAUGGAGUACUAUCAGAAGGCUCUACUCAUGUUCUUCGCUUCCAGUGGUGAAGUCUUUAUUGAGCAAGUUCAGUGUCUUGGCUUGCUUGCAUUAUGCUGUGCCGGCUGGAAUGUUCUUGCGCAAGGAUGGCGAUUGGCUGGGCAGGCAGUUCGCAUCGCGCAAGAUCUUGGUCUGCAUCUCUCCAGUCUGAGGGAACCUCAAGGAAAGACACCGAGCUUGUCGGAGUUGAAGGAAGCGCAGAUUGCUCGCUGUGUUUGGUGGAGUGUAUUCGAGAUCGACUGUUUGACUUCAAUAUGCCUAGGACGGCCAAUGGCCGCACAUGUUGCCCAUGUUUGCUGUGAACUGCCGCUGGAUAUCAGCAAUGAGGAUCUGGAUCAAGGCUAUGAUUAUGGCAACAAGACUCAGCGUUCACAUUCAUCGAUGAUGGGCUUUAUUGCGCUGAUCCGGCUGUGCAAGGUGGCCGCCGAUGUACAUCACUUCCAUCUGUCCAACAGAAUGGGACGCGGAGACUCGUCGAGUCGAAACUGGACUACCUUGCUCACCAAUGUCAACAGUUUUACACAGCAGCUUGAUAAUUGGGUCCAAGGACUCCCAAAUGAGAUUCGAUUUUCUGCCAACAAGGGCUCAAGCGGGCUGAACUUGACUAUGAGUGCCAUAGCAUUCCUUGUGCACUCGGCUAUUCUCAUGAACUUAUACCGGCCGCUGCUGGGUUGCGAACGCCCGGAAUCACAUUCACUUCUUCGCAACCCAUCUUCCGAAUGCCUUGGAGCUGCGCAAAGCUGUAUCCAGGCAGCUGAACUAAUCCAUGACUGCAUACCACCGUCGCACCAUCUAGCCUUCUGUGUCCAAUACCUAACUAUAUCUGGAAUAUUUGUAUACAGAUUGAGGAUGACGGAGUCCGUUGAUUCAGGUGAUCGGAUCUCGCAGGGACGUACGGCUCUUGCCCUUCUCACUGAGAUUGAGCGAGUCUGGCCGGGUGCUAGUCGCAGCCGUUCAAUUCUAGAGCGACUGCUCCAGGACCCGGAUGACUUUGACGGCGCUAGUCAAUCUACGCCAUUGUCCAUGUUUGACGGCUUCUCAUGGGAGGACUUCCCGGGAGCAGAUAUGAUCGACGACUUUCUGCGGAAUGAGCUGUGA